AUGCCAGAGACGAUGGACCACUCAAGGCUGCGAGAGUCACUUCUUACCCUUCAAAGAUGCAUCGAAAGUACCCGGUGGCGGUUCCCCAUCCCCUAUGCCGAAACCAGAGAACUCGGGCAAUUCCAAAUCCACAUCUCGUAUCUAUCUCUAGACGGCGGAAAUUCCCUCAAGCCCAGGUUCUUCGCACCCUUGCCCUCCGCCUGCCCACUCCUGCAAGCGCUCACCCCGGAGUUUAUUGCGUGUGAAUACGACACUGAUUUCCCCAAUCUGCCAGAGCCUAUCAGGACAGAGGCUAUGUGCGAUCAUGUCAAGGCCGCUCUGGAUGCGAUCAUCCCGCAAGCCCUCUCACACGGCCAGUACCCAUGGACAACGCUUGAAGCUACAGACGAGCGCUUCAGCCAACUUCCCCAUCAACAGGGAAGAUUCGGCCCUUACUGGAUCACAUACCAUCAGCACUCCUCCAGACCACACAUCAAAUGCAUCAUGUCCAACAACCAACGAGUACAGAACGACCGAGUAUCUUCCAACGAGGUCCUCAUGGCCAUCAACCUCAUGCUUAUGCAAAUGCAUGAUCCACGGUUCAACAACCACAUGAUCGUGCCGGUUCUGCUCAUCGUGAUGGAAGACUCGCAUGCGCGCGUGAUUGAAGCGUACUUUGACGGAAAGACGCUCACUGUGCGCAAAACCAUCGAGCAGUUGUAUCGUGAAGGGAGCCCUACUUUCAUCAGGACGAUGGCGCGGGUCUUUCUUGCUGAGCCGCUGGGGAAUACUUCUCAGGCUGCAUUUGAUCGGUUGAGUCCGGCUUGA